ACAAGCCAAAAUAAUUGUAAUAGUUUACUGAUGAAACGUGUUACGCUAAGAGAGUUGAAGACACCCGAAUCUCCGUUAAAUAUCUGGAUAUUUUCGAACUUCUUUGCAUAUUCUGUUAGAUUAAAGUGAAUAGAACGAGAAUCUUCCAGAAAACCGGACGAAUUUGGAUUUCUUAGGUAGGAAAUUCAUGAAAUUUAGUAGCUUGUAAAUCGCAACCAUGCCAUGUCGUUCAGCGCUCGGGCGUUGUCGGUCGGAUUCGUUUGUGGAUACGUGCUUUCGGUGAAAUAGAGACGACGCACAUAACAGCCUAGGUGGCGUUGGUGUUGUGAAACCACGAUUCAGGGAAGGAGGAAAAGUCUGUAAAUGAAAUGGCAACUAGAGAAAGAAAAGUAUCAGGAGGCAGAAGGCAGCAAACAGCAUCCCCAUCCCCAAAAGAUUUUCGUUCCACACCCGACCAAAUACUAAAGAAUGAUACUCCAAUAGAACCCCAAAGAGUACCACCCCAAAAAACAAAAAUAAAUCCCAAAAUGCCGUUGGUCAGGAAAUUGACCAAAGGACAAAAGAAAAAAAACCAAAAGAAAUUAUCGUUAAAAAUAACGUCAAAAGCUACAAGAAAAGCCAAACAAAAAAUAACAAAAUCCCUGAUUAAUACUGCCAAAGUACUUGAAGCUAAAAAGUUGCUCAAAAACGGAAAAGUAGCUCAGAAAAAAGAGGAAAAGGAGUUGGACGAAGUGCAGCAUAUCCUAGAACCGCUAUUUCCGGUUGAUGAAGAAUUAGGGAAAAAAACGAAAAAGAAACGAAUAGUCAGAAAUCCUGCUGCGAAAAGAAUCAAAACUGAGGUUGAAGAUCCAGAAAUUUGUAGUGAUAGUAGUGCUAAUUCCGUGAAAAACUCGAGGAGAAACAAAAGUAUUGCUAAAAUCGAAGAAAUAGAUACAGUAACACAAACAAUAGAAGGUGUUGUCAGCGGCUUCACUCUAAGACCAGAUGAAAUAAAGAAAGAACCAGAUUCCAUGUCCGAGAGUAGCAGAAGUGACAUCAUCAAACCAAAAAGAUUGACAAAGAAACAAAAACUGUGCUUGUUACAGAAAGAAAUAAAGAAAGAAAAUAUAGAAAACGCGUUAACAAAUUUAGGCCAAAGCGAUCAAAAAGUCAUCGACAUGCUCGAUUUGAACGUUCUUAAAGUUAAAAAAACAUAUCCAACACAAAAACGACGACAUACCAUUGAAAAAUAUCCCAUGGGCACCGAUUACCAAUGUACUGAUGACUUUCCUCCAUUGAUACCAUUCUCGGAUAUUCCCAAAAGUAAGAGAAAGGUCAGAAGUUGUGUGGAGAACAGAGUUUUGAACCCUUACAACAUUAGGCCACCAGCAAGGUUACUCAGAAAUGGCAAACAGAGGAGAAUGAAAGAACAGCUUGAGCACAGCUUAGAUGAUAGGAGGAAAAAAAGAAGGCUCUGUUCUGAAGGGAGCAUGGCCGAAAUUCCAAAGCUCUCUGGAUAUGAUUCCGACAGUAGUUACUCAGAUUUAGUAUCCCUUUCCGGUGCUGACUCGGUUGUCGAUCUUAAAAGUGUCGAAGUAAAAAAAGAACAAAUAGAUAAUCAUAACACAAGUAGUAUCAUACUUCCAGCGAAUAUCAAAAGAAGCCUUUCCUUAGAAAAUCAAACGUAUUGUACCGACUCAAACUCUAACUUAUGUGAUGACCCGAAUAUUCAAGAGAAUAAGAAUACAGAGAACCUAAAACACGUAACAAUGCUCAAUGAGGAUAUUUAUCCCAGUCCUAGCACUAAAGUGCCUGAAAAACUACUGAUACUGGAUAUUAUGAAACAGAAUUUCAACGAGAAAGUUGAAUUGGAGGAUGAGAAAUCGACGACAGAGGCACAGGAACCGGUUAGGGUUUCCACAGAGGAACUCUCUCCGGUAGUACUCGAGGAAAAAGAAUCUGAACAAAAAAAGAUGAGCGAAAUAAUCUCGAAAAUCGUGGAGACGAUGGGGACUGAAGAAUUCACUGCAACCAUCAACCCAACCGCUGUUGUCAUGCAAAACGGAGAUAUUCCUUGGGAAGACAGUGUUAAAAUUGUCGAAGAGUCGGCUUGUGAUCCAGUCCAAGUCGAAGACGAACCAACUAUUAUCGUUCAAAGUGAGGAUACACCAAAAACCAGCAACGAAAUCGUAGAAGCAUUCCCAACGUCCGCGAUUAUAAUAGAGAACGAAACAGGACUAACUGAGAGUCAAAUAAUGGAAGAAGUGAUAGAAGAGGUAACACAAACUAUCAAUAACGAACAAGAAAUGAUACCUCCCAUUCCUGAAGCGAUUUCCGAAAUCCCUCAAAUCGCAAUGAAUAUUCCCGAAGAACCAAUAGCUGGACCUUCAUCUGCAGAAUCUCCUCCGCUGUUGGAGCCGAUUUGUUGUCAACCAUCCACCUCCAAAGUCGCAGAUCAUUUGGUGCAGGAAACAGAGGAAGAUGUGGCAAUCAAGGAAAGCAUGCUGAGUGCCCUUGGUCUGCGUAGUCUGAAAGCAGCUGAAGAAGCAAGGUUGAGAGAAAAGGAAAAACCAGCAUCAUCGUCGAAAGCCGACGCCUAUACUGGAACUCUAAAGACUGUGAUCAAGCUUAAUCGUGAUACCAAGAAAAAGGGUAAAAAUCAACCUUUGAAGAUGACGCUUCAGAAAAACAAGAGCAGAAAUGGGGAUGGGGCAUCUGGUAGCCAGGAUGAUUACAAGAUAAUGAAAGAGGGUUCCUCUUCAUGGAAAAACAGUGGACAAUCAUCUGACUCAGCUGGUGCGAACAGAAAAAUACAUUAUUCUAACAGAUCUAACCCGGAUGGCAGCAGUGAGCACACCACAGACGGAGAGGCUCCAAACCAAGAGGGACCAGUUAAAGCCUUAGUCAUUCCAGAAAAGGCCAGUUCUUUCAGUAUCCACCCGGAACGUUUGUGCAAAGAUGAAUGUUCCUUCUGUUAUGGAAAGUUCGGUCUAUUCGACACCCCUUGCCACAUAGCUCAGAUCAAGACUUUAGAGAGACAGGAAAAAAUUCUAGCGCUCGAGAAAAAUUUGACCAAAGACUCCUGCCUUUGCGACGCUUGCUAUAGACAUAUCGACAGAAGGGCGAACACCCCUUCGUACACGAACAAAUCUGUAAAGAGGGGCCCCAUGAUAGCGCCCGGUCCCAAGAAGAACCACUGCCACGUCCUCGGAUGCAAAAAUGUUUCCGCGAAUAUUCUGCGCAGAAAAUGGAUAAUCAAGAUGAGACAACAAGUUAUGCAAACGGUCAACAUCGAUCUGAACAAUCUUGGUCUUCAUUCAAUACCGAUAUGCCAGGAACACUACACGGCUUUAGAGCACCUGAUGGUUUGUUCCAUGUGCAAAAGACGACUGGCAAAGAACCAUAUACAUUACCUCGGACCAGAAGUUGAAGAUCUCAACAACGCCUUACAAGAAGAACAGAUACCGCUAAAACUGGGCGAUAAACCGGUUGUGUGCAAAUUAUGUAGGUGCUUUGCUACCGUCAUUUUGAAAAAUCCAGAAGAUAGGCCUGAAAAUUCCACGAACUUCUUCCUGGAGUACAAGAAGAGGUUAUUGCAUUUCAACAAUAUAGUACCGAUGGACAAAGCGGCCGCCGAAGAGCCCAUCAUAGCGCCCACCAGGGAAAAGGUCGAAAAGGAACCGAACAAAAAGAAACGUAAACUAUCGAAGAACCUGACGGAGGACGAAUCAAAACCGGGAUCCCCGGUAGAGAGAAACGCGUCCAAGACGAACAAAGAGCAGAACGGUAGCGCCAAUUCUGGCUCAGACUCCGCAUCGGAAUACCUAGUCGACUACCACAACCUCAUACCAUCCAUCGCGAUGGAAUGCGAAGAGAACGAAUCGGACAAGGAGAAGAACAACAAAGGGGACCAACCAAAGAAAAUUCUCGGUUUAGAACCGAUGAGGAACUCCAUAGACGUCACUGUUAAGAAUCCAAGCAGCGACUUGACGGUUCAAAGGUUGGGCUCCAACCCGUAUCUGUCGGUGAGACAGUUGUUUCCCGGCGAAGAAGAGUUGGGACUGCAGGGACACAUUGACUUCAACAACGUUAAAGAAAGGACGACUGAAGGUUGGGAAAAAUGCAACAUGACCAUACAGUACGACAACGCCACCAAACACUUGUGGCAGGAGCUUCAGAAACCUUACGGCAACCCCAGCAGUUUCCUGAGGCAUCUGAUUUUGCUCGAGAAGUAUUUCAGGAACGGAGACUUGGAGCUUAAACCUAACGCUAGCCAACAGUCCGUCAAUUACAGUGAGUGCGUUCAGAACAGAUUGAGAGCUUACGAUAAUAUACCUACUGGUGCUUCGAGAUCAUUCAACAUUGUAGAGUUGAAUUCGUCGACCCCGAUGCAUAAGAGUUCCAGUGGGAUCAUAACGAGUAACAAGGAGGUUCAGAUACAAACUGCAGUGCCUGGACUUCCAGUUAUGACAACUCCGAAUGUGACAGUUACGAGCGUACGUCCCCCGCCAGUUACGAUAACCCAACUUAACAACCCGCUGUUACCGAUCACAAUUACCAAGACCAAACCUCCGCCGCCGCCUGGGUUGAUCUCCUUGCUACCCGGUACAAACAGGCCGAUCGCUCCGUUGACCAAACAGCCGCAAUCUCAAAAGAUUAAGUUCCCCAUAACCAAAAAUUGGAGACCCACGCUGAUCCCCAUCGAUCCCGCCAAACCGACCGAGAAAAAGUCCGGAUUAGUUCAAGUCAUAUCUGGAGGAAAACCAUUCCAUAUCACCCUAGAAGACUACAAGAAAAUGUGCGCCAUCAAGAGAAGCUUCGAGAUGAAACAGAAACGCCAAUCGGAUACACCGAAGAGAAAUACCCAGAUCAUGUCCAUCGGGGCGUCCUUAUUAAAAAGCAAUAAAGGUAUAGUUAUCACUAAAGGACUGAAAAUCGAACCGAAACAAGAGCAAGACACUUCCUGCGAGAAUAUACUGGAAAAGCUGGAUCAGCAGGUCGAGAAUCUAGAAUCCAAGUUUCACGAGAACAAGGCGUUGCUGAACAUGCCUAGGAUACCCAAAUCUCUCACAGUUAUACCACAGACCAUUAGGAAACCUUCGAGGCCGCCCAGCCCGGUUCUAUUGAUCACGCCGAAGCCGAAAUCAUGAUGGAUUCCGCUGUCACCUGUCAAGUGCCUAACUUCAACUUGUCAAUGGGGUUCUUGGAGGUUAACUCCAGGAGCUUAACUCGCAAGUUGUAUUUGAUACACUACUAUUUUCUUGGAGAAUGAAUUAACGUUUAGUUCUUGAUCAUGAACAAUUUUUGCUUCAUCGAAGCAGAUUUUUUUUACAAAAGGAGGCUGUGGUUAUCUAUGAAAGAUGAAAUUAUUUACUUUGUGACUAAUGGUGCGGUAUUCAUUCAUUCAAUUAUUGAUUGAAUUAUCGUACAAUGAAAAAUAUUGACGCGACAUUUUUUUCGUCUUAAAUUAUGCUUAGUUUGCAUAAAUCGAGAUGUGUUCAAAUAUAUAUCAAAUAUAUUACGUUUUUAUGGGAAAGGCGCCUCGGAUGUUAUUCCCGGGAUAUUUGAAAUGGAAAUAAGAGAAUAGGAAAUUUUUAUAGUAUAUGGAUUUUGGCCCAAUUAAAAAUUUCAUAUUAUUGUUGGACGCUAUGAUAAUUUCAAGACUGAAAAUAUAAAACCCACUUUUGGAGGUUAUGAUGUGGGAGGAUAGGAUUGGGGGGGAUACGCAUCCACAUUAAAUCAUGGUUAAUUUGUGUAGAAAAUAUUUCACAGUUUAUGAAUUGUUAUUGUCUGAAAAAAAUCCUUAGUAUUUAUAUUAUCUUUUCUACCGGACUCAUCAAUUUAUUAAAUUAAUAAAUUGACUCCAAAGAAAUUUCAGAAGUUAUUGGAAAAUGGAAUUUUUUAAUAUCACUUCCUCUGACCACACAAAUCAAAAUGAAAGAGUUUUUGAACGGUUCAGUUCGCGAAAUUGAAGUUACCCGAUCUUACAUAUUUUAAUAAAUGAAUCUAUUUACUGUUUAAAAAUAUAUUAAUGUUCACUUUUCGCUAAUUUUUAGAUCAUUGAAUUGUAUAAGCUGUGAUUUUGAACAUAUUGAAAAAAGGCUCCUGGGGUUUUCCCUCUUUUGAAACACUUGUACAAGUUAACCAUAUUUAGACAUUUGUUUCUGUUAUAUAUUGUUUAAUUGGUAUUGUUAAAAUCGUAAAUUGAUUAUUUGAAGAAAGAUUGUUAAGACUAUUAACACAUUAAGAAGAUAUUUUUUUAUUAAAAUCUCUUAAGAAGAAAUGUAAAUAAAAUAGUUAUUAAUUACGACUACGAAAUGUAAAUUGUAAAAUAUUGGAAUAUUUAGUAUAAUAUUUAUAUAGCAUACCUACAUUAUUUUUUUGUGGUAAUAGCAAUAAUUGCUUUUUUGGUUCUGCAAUUUCCUCUGUAGGUUCUCUAUUCUUAUUUACAUGGUGUAAUUUGAAAACUGAUUCUCAGAUGUCCAAAUUUCAUCUAUUGUACUGAUUUAUUAUAUAUGAAAGACUGUAUUUUCUUAAUAUAACUGAAUUUUCGCAUCAGUUGUGCAUUUCAUUUCUGAUUAGAAUUCAGAUUUCACCAUAUAAAUUUUUGAGCCAAAAGAGUUACAAUGAGAAGAAUAUAGAAAACAAACAGCAAUUAUUCCUUCACAACAUACAAUCCUCGAAAAAUAUUCAAUUGAAUUAUUUCGGUAAACCUGAUUUUUCCAUUAAAAAUAAAAUUUCAGAGCAAAUAGUUUGAAUUCUGAAAUUUUAUUGGUUUUUUUUUAUAUUGAGGACAUUUUCGGCAAUUCAUACAAGGUGUUGAGAUUUUUCGAGAAAUUUCAUCACAUUUUACAUGUAUACAUUCAUGAAAAAUUUUCAUUGAAUUUAAUUUUCGGUUUUGAAAGCCGCGAGAACUCGUUCAUAUCAAUUAUUUAUUUUACAUUAUUAUUAAAAUUUUCGUUUUUAGUUCAGAAUCAUUUAACCAAUACAUAUAUGAAUUUUAUGUACCUUCAUUAUACAUACUUAUUUUGUUCUCAUAAAUUUUGGUUUAUUAAAUAAAUCAAGUUUUCAAUA